AUGUCUAGUGGCUCAUAUAUCAAUAACCCGCACCGACCGCAAAGGAAACCACUCGCCAAGAAUGACCCGGCAAAGUUCAAGAUCCACAAACAGCUGACCUCGUUGCAGAGUUUACACACCCGAGAGGGCAAGGAUAAAGAAAACGUGGAUCCUCAAGGUGGUAAAAAACCGAGCCGACGAGACAAGCAUCUCGGGCUGGGCACAGCCAGCACUACGCCCAUCACCCCCUUUCGAGUCUUGCAAACCCCCGUCAAUCAAAAGCCAGCUUCCCAUUACCGCAACCAUGGCAUGGCUACUCCUCGCGCCACCAGGGGCGGCGAAUUGCAAUCGUCCACCUGGUCACCCUCGUCUUCAUCGUCAUCGUCGCCCUUUGUCGAAGAACCAGCACCGCUGAACACGCCUCAUGCCGGUCACGACCAUCAGCUCAGCACAAAGUCCGCUGCGAAACUACCGCCACUUCAACAUCCUCAAACGCACCGCCCCCCAUCACUAGCCUCAGCGCUAGCCCCGACCACCACCCCGUUGAACUUUCACCAUUUUGAAAUUGGCCGUUGCUUGGGCAAGGGCAAGCUCGGGCGCGUCUACUGCGCCCUCUACCGCCCCUACAACUACCUCGUGGCGCUCAAGGUGAUGUCGAUCGCCGAGAUCAAACAGAACCAAAUCGAACGCAACUUUAGACGCGAGAUCGAGAUCCAGCUGGUGCUAUCUCACGCCAACAUCACCCGGUUAUACUCGUGGUUCCACGACGAGAUCAACGUUUAUCUCGUUUUAGAAUACGGCGAAGGCGGCGAGUUGUAUAACCAUUUGCAACGCUGCAAGAGAUUCACGGGCUUGCAAGCGAGCUACUACAUCUACCAAAUCGCUUUGGCGCUCCAGUAUUUGCACCGCAGACACAUUGUGCAUCGCGAUUUGAAACCCGAGAACAUCAUGCGCUGCGAAAAUGACGUGGUGAAAUUGUGCGAUUUUGGAUGGAGCGUAUACACCAAACGCAAAAUCUCCUCCUCCUCCUCCACCACCACCAAUGGAGCUGCAAGUUAUAGCAGCCGCAGGUUGACCUUCUGCGGCACAAUCGACUAUCUCCCACCGGAGAUGAUUGAACGCAAACCGCACGACCACCACGUCGAUAUAUGGGCCCUCGGCGUCCUAUGCUACGAGUUUCUCGUAGGUAAGCCACCGUUUGAAGAAGUGGAUAAGAACGCCACGUAUAAGCGGAUCGCGGCGGUCGAUUUGAAGUUCCCGCUCCAUCAUAAGCACGUUGAACCGGACGCGCGCGACUUGAUUGCGCGGUUGUUAAGGAAGAAACCCGAGGACCGGUUGAGCUUAGGGUUGGUUUUGAAGCAUCCGUGGAUCGUUAAGCACAUGCCUCAGUGGCCGACCCGGAACAACUGA